AGCCUUAAUAUUCUAUUUGUCAUGCUAUGGUCAUCUGUUUCAGCCAUUUCUAACUCUUGAAAGAAAGCAAAUCGUUCCCCUCUUGCAAGCCAUAGUUCAUACUGCUCCCUUUCUCUACCAUCUUCUCUUCAGUUUGCGAAAAAAGUUCUCUGAACCUCUGUCAUUUCAAGUGUUCAUUUUGGUCAUAAAAAAAAAGCAAAAAAAAAAAAAGGCAAAAGCAUUUUCUUCUUCUUUGAUUCGGCAUAUUCUCAAGUGUUCCAAUUUGGUCUUUUGGUGUUAUUGUUUGUUGUUAUUCGGUGUUUCCAAUCUAUCUUUUAUUCAGUUGUUCCAUUUUUUUUUCAGCCAUUUCUAUCUCUGAAGAAAGCAGACCUCUCCUUUGCGAACCACAGUUCAAUACUCCAUUUUUCUGCCAUCUUCAGAUUACAAAAAGUUCUCAGGAACUUGGUCGUCAUUUCAAGUGUUCAUUUGUUUUGUUCAUAAAAAUAAUAUAUAUAAAAAUAUAUUCUUCUUUGAUAAGGCAUAUACUCCAAGUGUCUCCAACUUCAAAAUUCUUGCUCUUUCGACUUAUCAAAAGAAAAAAAAAAAGGUUAUUGCUCUUGUGGUGUUAUUGUUUGUUGUUAUUCAAAGCUUCUUUUUCGACCAUAAAAGAAGAAAAAUCAUCCUUCCUUUUUCUCCUAAAGAAAAUAUAAAUGGCUUUUGUUGAUUUAGCUGUUUCAACUGCGGUUGACAUAGCAAAGAGCAUGAUUGUGCCUGUUGGACGUCAGUUUGGUUAUGCAUUAUUCUAUAAGAGGAACAUUCAGGCCCUCAAGGGUGAACUUGAGAAGCUUCAUGAUGCCAGAGUUGGUUUUGAGACGCGAUGUGAUGCAGCUGUACGCAAUGGGGAAAUUGUUGAAAAUGAGGUCUCGAAGUGGCUCGACGAUGUGAUGACUGAAGAAGAGAAUGCAAACAAACAGUUAAAAGACUGGAAGGUCGUAAUGAAGAGAUGCUUCCACGGAUGGAUCCCCAACCCGAAGACGCGCUACGUGAUCGGUCGAAAGGCGAAGAAGGUUAUGCUGGCUAUCCAGGAACUUCGAGGAGAGGGCAACUUUCAAGUGAUAUCCCACCCUGACGUGCCAGAAGGGGCUGUCAUUGACCCAACGACGUUUCAGGAAUUUGGGUUCGAGUCAAGGAUUUAUCUCUUGAAGCUUGUUGUGGAAUCUCUUAUGGAUGCUGACAUCAAUGUGGUUGGAGUUCAUGGUCCAGGUGGCGUGGGUAAGACCACACUAUUGAAACAAACCAUGAACCACGUCAAGGCAGAGAAGCUGUUUGACGAGGUGGCAAUGGCGACAGUAUCCGUGAAGGUGGACGUGAAGAGCAUUCAGGGAGAAAUCUCGGACAUGUUGGGUUUAAAGUUCACCGUUGAAAGUGUCCAUGGAAGAGCAUUCCAACUAAGGAGGAGGUUAGAAAACUCUCACUCUCAGAACAAAAAGGUCCUUAUAAUCUUGGAUGAUCUCUGGAAAGAGCUUGACCUGGAAGAGGUCGGAAUCCCUCGCGGCAACAAAGGAGUCAAGUUACUGCUCACAUCGAGAAACCAAGAUGUGCUAUCUAGGAAAAUGGAUUCUCUGCAGAACUUCUCAGUUCAACCUCUAGAAGUAGGUGAGAAACGGAUGUUUUUCAGAAAGAUGGUGGGCGACAUAGCAGAUGAUCCCGCAGUGAAAUCCAUAGCGGAGGAAAUGGUAGAGAAAUGCUCGGGUUUGCCCCUUCUAUUGAACGCGCUUGGUAUGAGAUUGAAGAAUAGCAACCACUCUCAUUGGGAGGAUGAAUUGAAGCAACUGAGCAGAUCGAAAGAUGUAUAUUCAACCCUAGAGCUGAGUUACAAGAAUUUAGAAGGUGAGGAACUCAAAAGUCUGUUCCUUAUCUGUUCCCUGCUGGGCACAGGACAGAUACCAGUCGCGGACUUAUUCAUAUAUUGUGUUGGUUUAGGCCUUUUUGAAGGCAUCCACACAAUGAGAGAAGCAAGAGAUAGACUAAAUGUGUUGCUCCAUAGCCUUCAAACUUCUUCGCUAUUGCUGGAGGAAGAUAAUAGGGACUAUGUUAGAAUUCAUGAUAUCAUUCGUGAAGUAGCCAUCACUAUUGCGUCAAGAGAUCGGCAUGUUCUGGUGAUGAAUAAUAACUAUAGAUUGGAGGAAUUGCCGAAGGAAAAGCUCAAGCGGACUAGUAUAAUAUCCCUUCCUUGGGUUGAUGUUGCCGGGCUUCCCGAAGGAUUGCAAUGUCCAGAGCUGAAGAUGUUUCUAUAUUAUGCCAACAAUGGUACUUCCGAAGUCCCAGAUUCAUUUUUUGAAGGUAUGUGUGAACUUCAGGUCUUGGAUUUUACCAAUGUAUGCUUUAAUUCACUGCCAUCGUCCAUGCAAUUCUUGGUGAAGCUUAGAACCUUGUGUGUCGAUUGGUGCACUGUGGAAGAUGUGACCAUCAUUGGGAUGCUAAAACGACUACAGGUUCUAAGUUUCAGGGGUUCUAAGAUUACUCACUUACCAAAAGAGAUAGCACAAUUAAGUGAGUUGAGAAUGUUAGACUUGAGCAACUGCUCAAAGCUCGAGAAGAUUGAACCGGGAGUGCUGAAAAGUUUAGCUCGGCUAGAAGAGUUGAAGAUGGAAAAUAGUUUCACACGAUGGGAGAAUGAGGAAGCAACUGAACAAAGGAAUGCCAGGCUCUCUGAGCUGAAUAAUAUGCAUGAACUAAGGAGUGUAGACAUACUUAUUCCCGAUGCCAGCUUGCUCCCGAAACAUCUGCCAUUUGGAAAUCUGUGCGACUACAGAAUACUUGUAGGUGAUGCUUGGGAUUGGUCCACUGACCAUAAAGAGUCAAGGACGUUGAAGCUCCAGCUAGACUCACGAAAUACUCUGUUGGAAAAAUGGGUUCGAAAAAUUUUGCUGAGGACUCAUGAUCUCUAUUUGGAUGGAUUGAAAGGAAAAAAGAAAAGCAUUCAUGAGUUGAGCAAAGAAGGGUUUCAUGAGUUGAAGCAUCUUCACGUGCAGAACAGUCCCUUAGUCCACUAUGUUGUUCGCUCAACAAAAUGGUUACCGUGCUGUGCUUUCCCUAUGUUGGAAUCCUUGUUCCUUGAUAACUUGGUCAACUUGGAAAAGAUCUGUCAUGGCCCUCUCACUCCCGAUUCCUUCAGCAAACUAAAAGUUGUAAAGGUCAAAAAUUGUGGAAAGCUUAAGAAUUUGUUCUGCCAUUUCUUGCUGAAGGGCUUUUCACAACUUGAAGAGAUAGAAAUAUAUGCAUGUGAAAUGUUUCAGGAGAUUGUUGUGAAUAUAGGAGUGGAGGAUGAUGAAGAUGAAGCAAUAGGGAAUGCGAAAGUUGAGAUGCCUAAUUUACGCAGGCUAACACUACAGAGCCUACCAGGGAUCACAAGAUUGUGCAACAAAACAAAUAAUUCAUCACUUCCAUCAGCAAUGAACUUGGAGAUUACACCAGAGAAUGAUAUAGGAACUACAAUGGCUCUUCCCAGUGGAUGUCAUAUCUCAUUCCCCAAGUUGGAGGCCUUGAAAAUAUCCCAACUACCGAAAUUGGAUGCGAUAUGGUGCAGGGACCCAUUGUUGGAGUUGGAAAAUUUACGAUCUCUCAUAGUGAAGGAAUGCGGGAACCUCUCAAAUAUUAUCCACUCUCAUUCGCUGACGAAGCUUCAGAAGUUGGAAUCAUUAACUGUUGAAAGUUGCAUGAUGGUAAAACAAAUCUUCGACCUGGAGAAGCUGAAAUUCAGCACAAAUGUGAGAGUACUCGCCCAGUUGCAAGAAAUGGAGCUGAUCGAUUUGCCCGAGUUGAGGUGCAUGUGGAAUGGCAAUUCCAAGGCUGUAUUACAAUUGCGAAACCUGAAGUUACUGAAGGUCGUGAAAUGUAACAGCUUGCGGUAUCUCUUUCCUUUGUCGGCUGCAAAAGCUCUCGAGCAGAUAAAAGAAAUAGAAAUUGCUGAAUGUGUGAUGAUGGAGGCCAUCAUUAUUAUGGAGGAAGAGGAAGGACAACUGACGGAUACUCUCGUGUUCCAAUCUUUAUCCUCCAUAGUUCUUAAGAAAAUGUCCCAUUUGGCAGCUGUUGUGCAUGGAAAGUACUCAAUCAGUUUUCCUCAUUUGAAAACGUUGGUGAUUGAAGAAUGCCCGAAAAUGAAGGCAUUCUCUAUGCAAGAAUACUCAGUGCCAAGUGAAGGAGGCGAGUAUCUGAGUGAGGAGAACGCGGCAGCUGUGGCUUCUCUAUCCUUCUUCAGUCAAAAGGUGCUGCUCCCAAGCUUGGAGGACUUGCGGCUUGUUUCAAUGGACAGCUUCAAAACCAUAUGGCACAAUGAAGAAUUGAUUUCUGAGCCAUCUUCAUUUCGCCAGCUCAGAGACACGCAUAUCAGGGACUGCAAAAAACUGACAACUGUUUUCCCGUCAGCUUUGGUAGAGAGGCUCCAGAAUAAUCUGAAAAGAGCUGCCAUACACAGCUGUCCCUCGGUGGAAUUAAUAUUUGAAACAGCUGCUGCUGCUGCUGGCGUGGAAAAGAAGAAAUGCGGCCCUGCUGCCGUGAUGCUACAUGAAUUAGAAGACCUGCUGUUGGAUGAUCUGCCAAAGCUGAAACACGUGUUGGAGAGCAACUCUCAUGCACCUGUGGGUUUUCCAAGCCUGGAGAAAAUCUAUGUUGAAGGAUGUCACAGCCUCACUUAUUUCCUACCGUUUGCCACGGCUAGAAAUCUUCUGAAACUGAAGUCAUUAACUUUGGGUAAGAGCAACAACGUGCUGGAAGUUGUUGCCGAUGGAGACGGAGGAGGUGGGCAUGACACAUCGGAGCCCAUCUCCUUCCCUCGUCUAAAACAUUUGCAGCUGUGGGGCCUUAAAAGUCUGAUUAGUUUCUCUUCAGGAAGUUGUGCAUUUGAUUUUCCUUCCCUAAAAAAUCUUUCUAUUGAUCAAUGUGACAAUUUGAAGACAUUUAUCAUGAGUGCCGCAACAGUAGGUGAUCAUGAGUUGAUGAAGUUGAAUCGGAGAUUUGGAGAUCAUUUCAGUCAAGCAGCAACUGUAGGCACUCUCUCCCAACCUCUUUUCGAUGAGAAGGUUGAAUUUCCAAGAUUGGAGAAUAUAUAUCUUGAGGGUUUGGGGAAUCUGCAGAAGCUUUGGGAUGAUGAGCUUCCUUUUGGUUCCUUUUGUCAACUGAAGUCACUGAGCGUUAUGGAUUGCAAAAACGUGCCAGCUAUCUUCCAAUCUGAUGUCAUCGGAAGCUUCCUGAAGUUGGAGACACUACAAGUGGAAGACUGUGAUUCACUAGAAGAGAUAUUCCGAUUACAAGGAAAAGAUUCAGCAGGAAUAUCUGUUCCAUUAAGAGAACUGAAGAUGGUCAGACUUCCAAGAAUGAAGCGUGUAUGGAAUAGAGAUCCUCAGGGAAGUCUCACCUUUGCUAAACUAGAGCGAGUGGAGGCUGAACGAUGUGGGAAACUCGAGUACCUAUUUCCAUCCUCAGUGGCCAGAGGUCUGUUGCAGCUUCAGGAGAUUGACAUCUAUGACUGUGCAGUGCUGGAAGAACUCGUCGCCAGAGGAGAAGUAUUAGAAGAAGAUGAGACUCUUCUUCCUGAGGAUCAGCUCCUUUUUCCACGGCUAACCUCAUUGAAAUUCAGGAUACUGCCAAACCUGAAGAGACUUUUCCCUGUUAACUAUAGUAUGGAGUGGACAUUGUUGAAGAAUUUAUAUGCAUAUGAAUGCGGCAAACUGAAGCUAUUUGCAUCUGAAUUACGACCAAGAAGUGAAGGAGAUGAUACUGAUUCUCAACAAGCCCUCAUAUCCAUUGAACGGGUGAUCCCCAACUUGGAGUCAUUGGGUUUGGGCAGCGAGGAAGUUUUGACGAUACGGGAUAGUGAUUUUCCCGAUGAUAUCUUCCACAACCUCAAAACACUUUGCUUGGCAUCAAUUCGGGAAGGAUCAGUUGGUUUUCCAUCCAGAUUCCUUCUCGACAGCUUCCCAGAUCUAGAAAUAGAACUUCUUGUUCUGUUUAAUUAUUCGUCUGAGGAGAUAUUUCCAGAUGAAGCGCUCGGUCCCCAGGGAACUAUAAUUUCAUAUAAAGAUGGAUAUUCCAAUGGCGGAAAGUAUUCAAAGGCGCUUGGGAAGUUAAGAAGACUUUCAUUGGUGCAACUGUGCAACUUGAGGUAUGUCUGGAAAGAAGGCUCCUUAGCCGCCGAGAUUCUCAAGAGAAUUAAUUCCUUGUCUAUACGGAGGUGCCACUGUCUGAAGACUCUACUCCCAGCAGCAUCUGCUUCUUUCGAGAACUUGACAGAGCUGUAUAUAGAGAAGUGUGAUGGACUGAUGUACUUGAUGACACCUUCAGCAGCUCGAGCUCUGCCGAAACUGGCCAGUAUGACCAUAACAGACUGCCAAGUGUUCGGACAAGUAAUAGCUGCGAAUGAUAGCGAAGCCAGUGUUGAGAUUUCUUUCCCGCAGCUUGGGUGCCUAGCACUUGAUAAACUUCCGAGCCUCACAUGCUUCUCCUCAGCAAGUUGCAACAUCACAUUUCCAUCCUUAGAAGAUACCUCCAUCCAAGAGUGCCCCAAUAUGAAGUUUUUCUCUUCUGGUGCUGUAUCAACACCAAAGCUAUACCGAGUAAAGAGUUCGUAUGUGUCGGCAUGGUUUGAUGAUCUUAAUACAACCAUACAGAAAUUAUAUUCUGAUUCUGGUUCUGACAGCUGAAACCUUCGGCACCGUUGAUGGAAAGCUCAGGCAUGGAGCUCAUGGCCUGAAAGAGGACUCGAAGAAAAAGAACUCAAGCUGGACGGCAUCAAGAGUGGACCGAAUUUUGUGUGGCGACCUGAUGUAUGACCCAAAACUCUGUUAUUUUUGUAGCUCGAUUUUGCCUUGAAAUCGGGUCUCUCUCAUAAGGCGGUUGAUGUAUGGAGCAUAAAUGAUAUAUCAUGCAUGAAGCCCGUAAAUGAAAUUAUGAGUACACGUCGUUCAAUCUAUUGGUUAA